ACCUGUCAUGGCGAAAUUUAAUGAAUUUUAGGGAAGAGACAGGUGUAUUAUUAGCGCUAGCCUAACUAACGAUGGGUCGUCUGUCGGUGAUAAUUGUAUUAAUAAGCUUUUGUUUGUCUGAAGUAACAUGUAAUAAUGCUGCAGCUCAUGGAGAUCCGCCAUGCCACUGUAAAAGCAGAGAUAUGUGUAAUGUGAUUCCUCGAAUACCCAAGCAGCGCAUGGAGGCCUUUGUGGUGACAGAAGGCAAGUCCUCCCAUAAAGAAUGGGUGUGGGACCAUAUCACCAUGGUUCUCAAUAAAGGAGCUGACAACAACGAACUCAUGUGCCACGCACACUCCCUCGGAGUAGGAUAUGCAAUCAUGGAGGAGAUCCCUGUCUAUGAGAACUACACUGGUAACAAGAACUACUCGGACUGGGUAGAAAGAGUGGGCAACCGCGUUAAAGCAAUGCACGCCGACGGAGUUUCAGUCAACUUGCUUGAUUUGGUGGGACAGUGUCAAGCUGAUGCCGAGCAUAUUGAUAAGGUCACUGAUGCUGUGGGUCAGGUUUACCGCAAAAUAAAAUCCGAAGGAUGGCCAAAGCUUCUCUGCAUUGUUCCAUGGAUGCCACCCUGUUACCAAGGACAGUGCCACCUAACAUCAGACCUUCUGCGUUACUGUGACUAUUUUGUGACAAAUCCAGAUAGUUACAUUACAUCCUGUAACCUUCAGUGCAGAGCUCAAGCUACUAUCCCAAAGAGUCGCAUGGUGCUAGGCAUAGACGAGUACCUGGCUAUUGGUGUCCAAAGAAACCAGCUAUUGAUGGGGAUUCCAUGGCAUGGCUAUGCCUACAAGUGUGACAAAGUUAAGGUCACUAAAGAUAACACCAGAAUAUGCAUGUUAUCCAAGGACAACAACACUAAUGAAUGUGACUUCAAGGGCUCGCGUACUCGCUGGUCCAUCAGUGACAUCAUGGCCAACUAUCCACAACAGUUUUCCAAACACAACUGGGAUGGUUUGCAAGCAGCACCAUAUUUCAGCACCAAUUUCCUGAACAAGACAGUAAAUGAGACACAUUCAUUCUGGUUUGAGGGAAUGGACAGUCUGUUGGACAAGUACCAGGUGGUCAAAGGUGCUGAAUUAGAAGGUGUGGUGAUUUGGUCGGGGGAUGACCUCACAAACAAGAUCACAGAUGCCAAGAACCAGAUGAUCUGGAACUGGAUGAUCCACGUCCUCUUCUUGACCGGUUCACCGGUACAGAAAAACCAGAUGGAUAUGGCAGGAAAGGCUGCUGGUAUAGGAGUAGGCUGUUUUCUGGGAGGAUGUCUCUUUGGUUUCCUUGUCACCUGUGUGGCCUACACCAAACGAAUCAAGAAAAUGAAAGUCAGGAAACCAUUUGAAAAAGAUGAUUAUUUGGGUGAUGAAUACCAUGAUGAUGAUGACAACUUGUGAAAAUGUUUAAUGAAUGUUUGUUUGGAAGAGUAAAUAUGGCUUUGAUGACAGUUCUGAGCUGUUAGAUUCAAAAUAGGUUUUGCUUCAUGAGAAACAAUUGCAAUGUGAGUAGCAUGCGAGACAAUCUGAUGUUAGUGUUUGGGAUGAAGUAUUUACUGCUAUGUGUAAGCCUGUUGUUGAGUGAAUGUUUACAUACACUCAUACAUAGCUUGAUGUGUUACAGAUUAUGUUUCCAGUUGAUAUUCACCCAUUGUGAAAAUCUCAAAUAAGACACACAUUGUUAAAAAAACACCAGUGUUAAAUUUUCAUUAUAAAAAGUUUAAGCCGGAAUGAUCCAACUUUGGCCACUGUCACAAAUUUCAUUUUUGUUUUGGGCUUAUGAUAUAGUGUCAGAAAAAUGUAUUUUAUAAUAAGAUACGUGAGUUUAUUUGUUUUCUGACCAUGGAUCACACAUUUUUAGCACAGGUUCAAUUCAGAAGUCAAGAUUUAUUUAUAUAAAAGAACAUCAAAAUUAUAUAUAUAUAUACAAUGUAUAUAUUUUUUUUUUUUACAACUGUCAACUCCGUGUAUUCAAUAGCUUUUGUUUAGUAUUGACAUUUUGAAUCUCCGGAACAAUGUGCAUAUUAUAGUAGUUAUGGAACAGUUGGAGUUUACAGCUCUACAUUGUAUUUCUGAUCUGUGUACCUACGUACUUAUAUUUGUAUACAUUUUGUAUGUGCCCAGGUCUGUACACACAUAUAAUUAUGGCUGGUAAAUAUUCACAUUUUCACUGGUAAAUUUGUCGGGAUGAAUAUGAUUGUGUUUUCUAUUUAUGUCUGACAGGUGUGCGUAUAUUUGUUUUCCGUGUGUAGUAAAUUAGGGUUGUCUGUGAGAUCUUAUGGGUGUGACUGGGUGUAUACUGAUAGGGUUGUAUAGAGGAUAUGAUGGAUGUGUAUGGGUGUGUCUGGGUAUGUGUUGGUGUAUCGACUACUGGAUGUUAUAAGGCAUGGGUGAUCACCAAAUGACAUUUGAGGUUGACGUUGGAUGAGAAUGGAAUUGUGAUUUCAGAUGUUUGUCUUGUUUCCUUUAAUCUAUUAAUAGACAAACAUUUGUAGGACGUUUUGUGGAAUCGUAACGUCCAGAGAGAUAUUUCAUCCUUUUGGUAGAUCAUUCUCAAAGGCUUGACUAAUUACUUUCAUGGCAACAAGAUGUAGCUAUAUAUAGAUACAGUGUAUUAACACAGUGUAGUUAUAG